GAUUAUUGGACCACCCGCAGUUGGUGAGCUUUGGCUUAGGCCGUCAGACUCCACGAGGCGCAUCAUUACUCCAAGAAUUAGGUUUUGCUGAUAGACGCCAGAUAUCGACAGGUCUCACGUGACCCAAUUACGCAUUAUGACGCCGCCGUUCAACGGAGGGAAAUUACGUUCAUUGUGUCACGAUGUAUGUCGUUGAGUGCGCUUCAUAACGCGCACCGCUUUAUGGACCAUGUCGAAGCGAUGAGCAGUAUAUAAUACGCAGGUGCUUAGGAUGGGCUCCUCACCAACAUCUCGAACAUCUCAAAGAUUCUGCAGCGCCGGUUUUCUAUCCCAGCAUCAUUCACUUUAUUAUGGAAUACAUGCAGCCCAACCAAAUGAUUGUGAACUCUGGUGGAGCCGGGUCUCUUGGGUACUAUAUUCGGAAUGCCAAUCCCUCCCCUCACCCCUCGAUGGUGGGCGCCGAGAUGCCACUAUAUUGGGAGCUGAGAGAUGGAAGAAUAGCGAAGCGUGUUCCACGCUCGCGAGAAUUCACUCCUUCUCAGCAGAGCUUCCCCGGCAUCACGUUUAGCGCUGAUGGUUGGUACGGUGUGCGCGUGAAAGAUAUUCUAAAGGGAACAGUCGUCGUUGAUCGUCCGACUGACGCUGUAUUCGCUCAUCAUGGCUGGCGAGAGACUACUCUGGCGAUAAAAUGGCCUGGAUACCUACCUCCCAGAUCCUCGGAUGCAUCUCGUCGGCGCUUUAAAGUACUGGAUAAUAACGUACCGAUGACUCGUCAAGGUUUUGCCAUAGAGAUUGCCAGUCAGAUUCGACAUCUUGACGACCAUGCAAGGGAUAAGCCCGUUGCACAUGGUUGGGAAGAUUGGGCGUUCAGCAAAAACAAUGUUCGUGUAUCGGACGUGUAUAUUCUAUCGGCCCAUUAUUACAGGAAUGCUUGGAUCCCUGAGCUCUACGUCAUUAAUAUGGAAUAAUGUUUUCCGGUGGCCUCCUUUCCCCUGUAGCCCUAUAGCACAGACAGAUAUCUUUGUCACUAGCACCCCCUAUUCGAUUCACGACAGUCCAUUGCAUGCCUUGUGCCUACCUUAAAAUAUCUCUAGUCAGUUUAAUAUCUAUCCUUCUUAUUACGACUAGCUUCGCGCGAAUGCAUAUCUUACCCUGUUUGAGUACGAAAAUGGAAAUCUAACUGCGCAAUGCCCUGGUUUGUGAUUGAGAAGCGCAAACUGGAACCUCGUGGGGCGUGAUGUUGUAUGAUGGUCUCCACAAUUGCCCUCGCAUGAAGAAUGGGCGCGUCAG